CUCACUCCGCCUCCAGAGGAUUGUGACGUCAAUUGCCGCGAGAUCGUGUUGAAAAUAUUUGAGCAAUUGGAUUGUGUCGUGUCUACUUAUUGUCAAGAAUCGCUUUCAACCGUCUAUACAUAAUUAUCCUACCCAUUCAAUUAACAUCACUUCUGUGGAAGACCAUGCCCUCAAAGAUUCAAUUGUAGAACAGUACAUGAACGUUGAUAUGGAGCCAAAAGUCCUGAUUAUUGGCUGUGGAGUUGCUGGGCCGGUUAUUGCUUUGUUGCUGAAAAAGAAAGGCUACACCCCAGUCGUAUUGGAGAAAGUGAGAGAGUUGGGAGAUGCUGGAGCAUCGCUGAUGAUGAUGCCCAAUGGAUUGAAAAUUUUGGCGCUCGUGGGCCUCGCAGACGUGGUCACCCAGCAAGUGCCUCAUCUUGGUGAACUUCGCGAUCAAACUUAUACCGGAAAGACCAUUGGAGUAUCAUAUAUUCCUGCUAAGUGGCAGAGCAAAUACAGCCAGCCGGCUUGCGGAAUUAAGCGGACGACACUCAACUUGACUUUGAAGAACGCUUUAAUCGACGCAGACAUCGAAGUUCACGAAGGAUGGAAACUAAAAACCAUCUUGGAGAAGGAAGAUAGCGUUGUAGCGAUCUCAGAGGACGGCAAACGUAUGGAAGGAUCAAUACUUAUUGGGUGUGAUGGUAUCAAGGCUAUGUCUAGAGCCUUACUACUGAAAGAGCACCAAAUACAACCGGAGGAGGCUACUUACACAGGUCUGAUGCAGACUGCCGGAAUGUCCCCUACACCACUAUCGUUGCAGAAGCGCCCUGGUCUUCUCAACCUGUACGGCCCUAGGGCACAUCUCAUCUGCUAUCCAGUUACUGCUACCACAACAUCGUGGGCUAUUACAAAAAGAGACUUGACCGAAGCACAGGAAACAUGGAAAAUAUGCUCCCCAGCUGAAAUGAUUCUGGAGCGAGAUUCAUUAUUAGAGGACUUCAAGGAUUGGAGCAGUCCAGCAUUGGAACUGAUUCGUGGAGCUGAAAGAAUCAUCAAAUACGGGUUGUACGAUCGACCUCAUCUUGAACCAAAGCUGUGGUAUAGCCCCAAACCAGGACGUUGUGUUCUGAUUGGCGAUGCUGCGCACCCAACUAGCCCACAUCUCGGACAAGGUGCCAACCAAGCAUUGGAGGACUGCUACCACUUGAGCCAAAUGCUCCCCACCUUCGAUCAUGAAAGCGAUGCCGACAUCUCUGUUGAGGAUCUGCAGCGGGUCUUCAACCAAUUCUCAACCUUGAGACAACCCCGGACUGCAGCACUGGUGAAAGGAGCAAGAGCUCAAGGCAGUAUGCGAGUGAUAUCUGGCGGCAUAGCCGCAUGUGAGGAGAGGGAUAAGGUCCUCAGCAAAGGUUGGGAGGAUGAGGCUGCAGUGGAAGUGAAGUACGACUCGCUGUUUAAGGAGACAUUUCAGUGAACGGAGUCCGUGGGUCAAGGAGUUGUGUAUGUAGAUUUAACAUUCAGUGAGCAUCUUCAAGAAGUAGUAAGUCGUAAUAAUUAGAUCAAGUUUGGUUUGGAU